AUGGCAGGUAGUCAAUCCCGCGACGAUGGGGACUUCUUCCCUUUCGUCUUCGAGUCGUCGACUAGCGUCCCUCAAGCUGAGCCUCCCACGGUCACCCAAGCGGCAUCGUCCAAGUCUGCGAGAAGUUUGACACCUCGUGGUCCCCUCUUCACGGAUUUGAACGAGGCACACAAAAAGAUCACCUCGCGAUUGGGAUCCAAUAACCCUUUCCGCAAGGCAUCGAAUGAGGCCGACUCGACUCCUAGCAUCUCUAAUCGAGACUUCAGCAGCUCGUCCUUCGGUAGACCCAUCGUCGGCCCGGGCUCUGAGCCACCGAACGACCAUCUACCGUCUCGACCCGCCUCGACUGCCGGGACAUUGUUGGCCAGAACGCGUCGUGCCUCUUCGUUCGAUUCCAGAGCUAUGUCCACCGACCUGCCGCGUAAUGAGGUUCACCCCAAGGUCGAUGUGGCUAGAUUAGAUCAAACCGUAGACCUCCAUCUCUCGGAGAUCAGUGCUCGACCUCUUGAGACUUCGGGCAGUACGGUGGAGAAGAUCUAUGAUCAGUACGCUUCAACAAGUCUCGAUCAUCCCUCGUCAAGCUUCGGUAGCUCGGGUUUCGGCUACACUUUCUCGGGUGCCUAUAAUCCACCCAACUAUCACCCCAUCUCUCGCGAGGGCGCGGCCACGCGAUGCGGCUUCCGGGGCGAGGAGCUUCGCGGGCCCCAAAUGAAGGUCCGCAAGAACGCAGUUCGAGGGCAUUAUUUCCAAGCCGAAUCAUCCUCGUCGCAACCCCCUCAGAGCCCCUUACCAACAGCGCCGCCCAUUCUUGUCGGCGCUGUUUCCACCCGGCAAUCGGCUGAGGGCAGCUCGGCCCCCCCUGAGUCGAGCGUUUCCGACUCACAGCAUCUGCUCGACGCAGACGCUCAAGUAAACGAGCUUCGAGAGGCCUGUGAUGCGCUCGUUCCCAUGCCGCUUCGAAUUCCCUCCAACCGGGUUCAGCAGGUCAGCCAAGAACGAAAGCAGGAUGAUUUGCCCGGUGAUGCCGACAAUAGCCUGGAAACGAAUCAUGAUCCGUUCAAGUAUGACGCCGGCGACUACCAGACCUUCCUGCGCCCUCUCGGGCCUCUCGGGGAACGAGACAUCAGCCAAGCGCUCAGACGGAUGAGCAGAGCUGGUGUGCCUACAUUGGGAACAUUUGUCAGCCCCGACGGCAGUCCUUGUGAGAAGGCAGGUGACCAGACGCCACCUAACAGUCUCGAUUCAGACGAGGACGCAUCACCGGCUCCACGUCGGCGCCUCCAGGGCAACUUCUUUGAUGAAUCCGCAUUUGGGGCUGCCGCGGCGGGCGACAGACGAGUCCGCGACAUCAAAGUGGUCAUCGGUCGCAAGCCAGACUUGGAAUUGGACGACGGAAUGAACCAUGGCAGAUUCGACGACCCCAAUCAUUUCAACAGCGCGCACAAUCGCGUCGUGCGCGGAAAGUUCCUACGGGAAAUGACAAGCGAUGGAGACUGGGUGACCGAGGCAACGAGCGAAGUUGGCUUUGGUGCCUAUGCUGCGCCUCCCCGUCAACCAUUCGAAACAGGCGUCAAGGCAACUGGAAGUAGCAUUGCAGACUACUCUGACGACGACGGCGGCCAUCCCCAGGGACCGUUUAGCUCGCGAGAGCAUAUUCUGCAACAUCCCGCAGGUGAGGCGCCACGCAAUGCGUACGAGAUACGAAGAUUGAAAGACACGAAGCAGCCUGUCUUUCUCCCUCGACGCACGAACGCAUUUCCAGAGAACUCGAUCCGGCUAUAUUCGAACAGCGCCAAAGACGAGGCGAGUAGCGCUCGCGAUCCCUUCGCGAAAGACUGGUCUUCAAACCCCUUUGGACAGGGUAGCUACAGACGAGCAGACGCCAAAAGCAACUUCAACUACAAGUUUGACAGAAAAGGCCCCUCGAAAUAUGACUUCCGGGAUUCAACCUCUGAAUAUGCCCCGGCUGCAGCUAGCAAUCAGGCCACGUGCGGAACCCAGUUCACUGCCACGCAUGCCAUGCUUCCUGAGGCCGAUGACGAUCUAGGGGAUGACAACCACCCGUCCACGACAGAUGCACGAUUCGAUGAGUCUGCUGAUUUCGAGGCUGAGCGAAAUCCAUCCAUCAGGGUGUCUGCGCUCAAGGAUGCUUAUGCUACUUCUCAGUUAGACCGACAGAGCCGUGGUCCACGAGACCCGGUUGCGAGGGACUACCAAUAUCGCCAGCCGAGAGAACUUGACCAGAAAGAGUUCGUGGCUGCAUCGCCAUGCUUGUUUCAUGGAGAUCUUCAUGGAGAGCCUCAUUCUGCGUCUUCGAAGUUCCAGUUUGAGCUUCUGCCUCUUGACCAAGCCCAGCUGAAGUACAAGAAGCAGAGAGACAGUGGCGAGACUGACGAGACCGAGCCAGCCGAGAUCAGAAUCAACCGGGCGAAGAGCAACGACUCUUCUCGUGGCUUCUCGGGGUCUAGUCCUAUCGAACCACCGAAGCAAGCCCAUGUACGACGAAAGCGCUUGGGUGCCAAUCUAUCGUCAAGCUUCACACCUCCCAGUUGGCAAUCUCUGAGGGAUGCAUUGCAAGAUACUCCUACGCCCCUAAGGAGGCUUGAGAUUUCUCCAAUCUCUAGCGGUGACCAGUCCAUGCCAAUGGACAGCGUCCUUGGAUCGCCAGAGACUCCUACCACGAACUACACAGACACUCCAACCAUGGUGAAGAAGCAUGGAUGGUACGGAAAAGUGUCGCCUCGCCUGCGACCUCUGCGGAGACAGAAUCAGCGCAACUACGCGGAUCAAAGUAUCCGCAACUACAUGGAGCGCAACCCAACACCUGGGUUCGUGUCACCAGACGAUUACAUCUCGGACAAGGCCAGGUAUCGUCGGAAAUGCUGGUUCUACGUCAUGAUAGUCCUGUCAUUCCUGCCGUUCUUUGCGCUUCUCGUUUUGACAGGAGUGUUCAACGACUCGCUUGCCUGGUUCACUCAAGGUGAAGUAUAUCAACUGACGCGCAGUCAGAGGAAGAUAAUCAAGGGGUUGUUCAUCUCGGAAUGCAUUGUCUACGCGGCCUGCAUCACAGCUAUCGUCGUAUACUACGUCACGAAGAGCCGAGGUCUUUGA